UGGCACCUGGAGGACAUGGAGGAAAGGCCGGCAGAGACCAACGCCAGUGUGGACGACUCGGCGCCCCCCUCGGUGGCCCUGGCCGAGCGAUUCAGGGAGCAGGCAGCCGCUGCAAAGGAGACACCAGCCAGUAAACCAACAAGAAGGAAACUGCCCUGCUCCCUCUCUCUGUUCCUCCCCAGGGUAGAACUGGGCCAGAAUGGUGAAGAGAAGUCACCGCCCAAUGCAAACCACCCUCCUAAAGUCAAGGUGAAGAGCUCGCCUCUGAUCGAGAAGCUCCAGGCCAGUUUAGCCUUUGAUCCAGCGGCCCUGCUGCCUGGGGCCUCACCCAAGAGUCCCGGACUCAAGGCCAUGGUAUCACCAUUUCACAGCCAGCUUUCUACCCCCAGCAGCCCUGGCGUGUGGUCUCAGGCCAGCGAGCCAGAGGAGGUGCCCGUCAGCUUUGACCAGCCUCCUGAAGGCAGUCAUCUGCCCUCUUACAGUAAGGUGCAGACGAGGGGCUCCAUAAAAAGGUGCCCUCCCUCCAGGCGAUUCAGAAGGCCCCAGUCGGAUUGUGGGGACCUGGGGGAGCUCAGGGCCGUGGAGUCCUCCCAGGAGGAUGGUGCCAAGGAAGAGAAUGGGGACGAGGUGUUCCCAGCCAAGAGCAAGACUCCAGGAUCCCCUCCUCUGAGGAGGACGCCCAGCAGGACAGAGAAGCAGGAGGAGAAGGGAAGGGCCUCGGGGGUAGCCCAGCAGCACGAAACGGCCAUGGGGAACUCCGAGGAGGGGGCUAGCCAGCGUCCAGCCCAAGCCUCCAGCCUAGAGGCAGAGGAUGGGUGUGGGAGCCGCACGGAGGAGAAACCGGCUGAAGAGCAGAUGGAAGAGCCUACAGAGGUGAAGGAGAGGGUGGCCAGUGAAGAGGAGGAGCCCGGACAGAGGAGCCAAGACACAGAGGGGCUGGAGGAGGGAGCUGUGGGGGAGGAGACCCCCCCACAGCAUCCUGGAGGAGGGGAGGGCGACCACAGUCCUGAGCAGGGGACCGGCAAGGAAAAGCAAGAUGAGGGGGCCGUCCUCAAGCCAGGCUGUGACCCUGGCACUGUCCAUGCCCAGCUGGACACUAGCAGUGAGGUCCCCAAGACAGAGGAUAACACCCCUGUCCAGGGCACUAAAAGAUGA